AUGAAGUCAGCCAAGAAGUCCUCGCAGACCCAGUCGAAGUUGAGCCACUUCUUCAAGGUAGCCAACAAUGCAGGAGCCGACAAGGAGGAGGGGCAGGAGAGGAGAACCCUGUUCUCGCAUGCAGGCAAGCAUCAAAGUCAAGAUGCUCCUGCCAAGCAGAGAUGCGAGGAGGAGAAGGAGAUCGGCGAUCCGAGUGGCGGAGACGGGAGGGACGUUGCGCUUCCAGCAAGCGGGAGGAAGAGAGAGCACGAGCAGGCCGAGAGAGGCAGCGGGGGGAGGAGCCUCCGCCGGAGGGUGAGGAGGAGUCUGAAAGAAUCCUCAGAGGAGGAGGAGGAGGAGGAGGAGGAGGAGCGGAUUGUGUCUCAUGUGGUUGCAAGUGACUCGGACAGCGACGAGGGAAAGAAGAGCAGCUCCCAUACCACCCCUGCCAAGUGCGAGAUGAACGUGGACGUGUUUGACUGCACGCCAGCGAUGAAGAAGAAGGAAGAGGAGGAGGAGGAGGAGGAGAAGAAGAAGGAAAGGAAGGGAGCAAAGGGGAAGGGGGAGAAGGGGGAGAGGAGGGGUUUCACGCCUUUCAAGAGGAAGUUGGAGAGUGUUGUAGAGGAGGAUAAGGUGGAGGUAAAGACAGCAGCGAGCCUGACGGACAAGGAGGCUAAGAAGAGGCACGAGCAGUUUGUGAAGAAAGUCAGCCUGUUCAAGGAGCGGCUGGAUCGGGAAGAAAAGAAGGAAGUGACAGACAGUCAGAGCUCGUUCCAGAGUGUCGAUCUUGUCCCGACCGACCUCACGUAUCCUAAAGGGGCCAAGCUGACCCCGUUCGAAGAGCAAGUUGUUGAGAUAAAGAAGAAGCAUCCUGAUGUAGUUCUACUAGUUGAGUGCGGGUACAAGUUUCGCUUUUUGGGACGGGAUGCAGAGAUUGCGUCAAAAGUUCUUCACAUCUUUCAUCACAUUGACCACAACUUCCUGACUGCUUCCAUCCCAACUUUCCGACUACAAGUUCACAUUCGACGUCUAGUGGAGGCAGGGUACAAGGUCGGGGUGGUGCGGCAGAUGGAGACGGCAGCGAUCAAGGCUGCCGACGCGAAGCGGAGGAACUCAAACUUUCGACGCGAGCUGUGCGAGCUGUUUACCAAGUCGACGAUGAUGGUGGAGGACGUGGAGAUUGUUGGGCACUCGUUCUCCCCCUCCUCUUCCUCCUCCUCCUCGGUCUACCUGAUGUGCGUCUACGAGCAAGAAGGAGGAGGGGAGGAGGAGGCGGAUGUUGGGAUCGUUUGCAUCGACACUUCGUCGGGGGACAUUGUUUACGACAGUUUCAAGGACGACAGGACGCGAUCAGAGUUGGAAAGUAGACUGUGUCACCUGCAGCCCAAGGAGAUGGUACUCCCGGAGAAUCUGUCAGUAAAUAGCAUGAAGUUGAUCAAACGGCAUGUUGGGGGGAGGCAGAAAAGUUCGACGAGAGUUGAAAUUAUCUCUCCCAACUUGUUCAAGCAAGCUGCCGCUCACCGUGCAAUCUCUUCGUUCUUUGACAAGAAUGAUGGGGAUGAAGGAAGGAGCGACGACGAUG